CAUUUUUCUAUGGUGUAGUGGUCAGCAGUUGAUGUGCAGCUGAAGCCAAACAAUGUGAUUUCUGCGGAAAAUCUCUGUAGCCAAGCCUUGGAGGAUGUUUCGUUGGUAUUUGGUGGUGGGGUUUAUCUCAAUCAUAGAGACCUGAGAGAAUUUCAUCUCGUCAUUUCUUUAUUUUGAGAACUGACUCCUGGUUCAUCGCCUUUAAAAUGAAUGGAACAUUUCAGAUUAAAAAAGCACAACAUUGAGAUUCAGAAAGGAUUAUAUUUAUAAUAGUUUCCUUUGUUAUUUUUGGUUCCACACGUCUGGUGUUUACAAGUGAAGCUGACGCUGUACGCGUAAAAUCUCCCAAGAUUCCUUUCGCCUGAGCUGAACAAAAGCCCGUUGACAGGGGAGAGGGGGCUGCUGCCGGCUCUGGAGGCAGCGCUCUACCGGGCACCAGAUUCUAUCACCGGAGCUUUGUGCGUAACGCGAGCGUCAUGAAAGAAAGCAAGUGCCCAACAUCAUAAAACACGAUGUCGCGCUCCUCUGAAAGCUCCACUCUGCGUCUGUGAACCUGGAGCCUGGAGACGGACGGCUGUCUGGGGCUGUGACUGGGCACCGGGGCUGCAGCCCGGUGUCUGACCCGCGGUGAACCCGAAGGAUGACAGCCGCGACAGCCUCUCCGCUGGCGGCGAGAGACAGGCUGCUGCAGGCCAUCGACAGCCAGAGUAACGUGUCCAACAUGGUGGUGGUUCUAGAUGUCAUAUCUUUCCUGGAGAAGUAUCCCAUCACCAAAGAAGCCCUGGAGGAAACUCGUCUGGGAAAGCUCAUCAACGAUGUCCGGAGGAAAACUCAAAAUGCUGAGCUGGCAAAGAGGGCCAAGAAGCUUCUGCGUGCGUGGCAGCAGCUCCUACUGCCUGGGUCUGCCCAGAGCUGCUCCAAGACAGACAAUAACACACCACGGUGCUCUGCUCAUGGAUCAUCUCAAACAUGGUCCUCUUCUCAUGGAUCAUCUUAUGCACACAUCUCCUCCUCUGUUCCUCCAACCAGGAAAACCACCUGUGAGCUCAAGAGCCGCAAUGACUUCAACAACUGUAAAGCAGGAAAGAAGCACCACAAAAAACGCAAGGGUGACCACAAUGUACAUGAACCAACCAAAGUAUCUAAGACCACUCCUGACAGAACACAUUUAAAGAUAGCACCCAAUAGCAAUGGAAUGAAUGGCCUUAGGAUCCAGGUGAACAAGCCUCUCAGCACUUCUCUGUUACUCAAAGCAUCUGUAAUACAACAGCAGGCCGCCUCCUCUAGAGGGGAGCACACCAAGAGAACUACAUGUAGUUCAUCACAACAGGAAACUGUGAAAAAGGCUAAACAGCAACCACAUUCUCUGUGUUUGAGCAGAGAGGAUGUGCAGCAGAUAGAUUCUGAAAGUCUGAAAUUGUCAUCUUGUGGUUUGAGCAUGUCAGUUGAGAAGCAGGCGUGUGUGAAUACAUUUGGAGACAACAAAAAAACAGUGAAGUUUAAAGAUAAACCACUUGUAUUUAAUCCCAUAACAUGUCAGAUUAAAUGCAAUCAACAAGGUGAAACUGAAAAUGAGUUACAAAAUGUAAAUCAUAAAAUGCUCACCAUAUCCAGUCAGGGAGCUUCCAGUAGUUACCUCAGUCACCAGAGUCUGUUGGCAGUGUCCAGGGCAUCCUUUGUGUCCAGUGCAUUAGAUGGUAAAGGAGAACAGUCAGUACCUCUGCCUGAGAGCCCUUCUGUGAAUGUGCCGGGGGUCAAUAGGCCUGUCACAGGAGCUGAUGUUCAGAGGCUCCACACCCAGCGUUGGCCAGGGGUCAACGGACUCCUUAACCCCAGCGGGCAGUGGUCAGACUGGACCCAGAGCUUCUCCAUAGACCUGGAUGCUGAUGGGAGCAAGCUGGAUGUUCUGCCUUAUGUUUGUCUAUACUGAGAGCUCCAGAUGUGUCUUUAGAUACUGCACUGCCACUGGCUUUCAGAUUCUAUCAAGAAAUGCCAUGCUGCCAGAAGUAACACGAGACCAUUUAAACCUUUGCUUUUGCCUAAUAUGAUUGUCUGACAGCCAGUCCCUUCUACAUUCUGUUUGACUCCAGAAUGGUCUGACUUUGGAUCAUAGAGAGUUAUAGUGUGAAAAACCUCUGUUCUAACUUUGGGAUGGCCCAACCACAGCUGCUGUGGUCUCUUCUCAAAAAUUCUUUUAACAUUCCAUACAAAAUAAUAUAAUGUUGAUUCUGCAGAAACCUACACUGUUCCUUAGUCCUCUUGUGUGGUUUUGACUGGCAUAAGAUACAUGUACAUAUAUGGUUUGUACACAGUAUUAUGUCUGCAGUAUUUGCCCAGAGCCGUAAAUGAAUGGCAAAUAAUAAAAUAACAAGUUAAAAGGAGCUUAUCAUGUUGUUUCUAAAAAGAUCAGAGCCCUGAUCAGUGUUUGCUUUUCUCUGGGCUGUUAGCUGAGCUCAUUCCUCAGGCUGUUGAUUGAUUCCAACUGUCUUUUUGCUGAACUCUUCGAAAAUUCCAUAUUUGUUUAGCUGAAGAAGCUCUUAAUGGAUGGAAAAUAGGCCAGAAGUCUCUUAAGGGAUAUGUUAUGAAAGGGUUAUGAAAACAAAGCCAUAUGCAACAAAAAGGGCAAAUACUAUAAUGUACUAUUAUACUACUGUUGGAGACUAUUGGAGACAUGUAUUUAGACACUCAUACUGUGUCCACGUGUAAAGUCCCUUUAAUAAUGGCAGAAUAAAACUGCAAACAAUGAAAUCUAAUGUGCAGAAUAGUGGUUGAAUGAUGUCUGCUUUUGUAAAGAUGUUAUGAUGUUUUUAUCAUGUUUUUAUAAUCACACCUUUUGUAAGCAGUGAUGUUUUAUUGUUAUUUAUUCAUAACAGUGUUUUAAGAUGUAUUUCUGCUUUUGGGAUGAUCAAACGCUGGAUAAACAUGUUAUAGCAUUCCAAAUGGUUACCUUUAAUCAAGCCUCAGAUCAGUGUGCGGUCUGUGGAAGCAAGAGAAUGCAGUAGUCUGAGGCUUCAAAUGAACACUUGAAUGGUCUUCCUCUUUGUAGUUUUAAUAUGAAUGGACUAAAUCAGUUGUUUACAGUCUUUAUGUAAAGGGACUUGACAACAGGGUGUGGUGAAUUU